UAUGAGGCAAAAUCCUGGUAUCUCUGGACUCGCGGAGGUCAACGUACAAGGAAAGUUUCCUCUUCCGCUUACUGUGUAGAAACAGGUGGGGUGAAAGGAAAGAAAGGGCCAGGAACAUAGUAAAUUUUGUUUUCAUUUUUAGUUAUUUUGUACAUGCAAAGUGGGAGACACCCCUCGGAUGACUUAUACUCUUACUACAAGGCCCUUAUCCAAUUGACGAAUGAUAAGCGGAGAUGUCUGGUGACAUGCCAUCUGAGUCGCUGGAAAGCAACUCUGAACAUGCUUAUUUCAUGAAGCAGGCGUUAUUGAUGGGAGAAAAAGCCCUUGAGACCGGUGAAACCCCGGUUGGCUGUGUUCUGGUGUAUGACAACAAGAUUGUUGGUUUUGGGAUGAAUGAUACAAACAAAUCCAUGAAUGGUACAAGACAUGCCGAGUUUAUUGCCAUCGGAGAAAUGCUUGAGACUUAUCCUAGGUCAGCGUUGCGUUCGACAGACCUCUAUGUAACUGUUGAACCGUGUGUCAUGUGUGCAUCUGCCUUGAGACAGUAUCAGAUACGGAAAGUAUACUUCGGUUGUGGAAAUGACAGGUUCGGAGGAACAGGUAGCAUUUUAUCACUACAUGCCGAUCGCUCAAUAGAUCCAUCAUACCCUGUGCAAGGCGGGUUGUUCCACAAGGAAGCUAUCAUGUUACUCCGGCGCUUCUACAUACAAGAAAAUGAGAAGGCGCCCAAGCCCCGCCCUAAAAAGCACCGUGAAUUAAAAACAGAUUUCAACCAGGAAGUCCUCGUUGCAUCCCCUACACCCUGAGCAGGGACAAUUGGUCCUUGGUCGAACGGCCACACAAUCAAGGAAGCUGAAGGCCGCUAAACACCUUCGAUCUCGUGUUGAGGUGAUUGAAGUGAAGUCUAGUGGCGGUGAAUUGAGGAACAUGUUCCAUCUAAAUUUUGCGUUGCUUCAGGAACUAAAUGUACAAUAUCGCGCAAGAGCC